AAAGAAACAGGAUUACAACUCAAGUACACAUUGUUUGGGAAACCUGAGACGGUAACUUAUAAAUAUGCACAUAAGCUGUUGGAAAAUUAUGCAUUUGAAAUUAGUGGACAAAACUUACCUAAUAGAAAGAUUUACGGUAGGCUUUUGGAAAGCAAUAUAGCAGGUGCUAAUAGAUAUGGCUGGACCUCAAUUCUAGUAAGAACUGGUGUAUUUACAGGAGACAAUCAUCUAUUAAAUCCAGCAAAAUAUGUAGCUGAUAAUAUUUUACAAGCUGUAGAGUGGAUGUUUUAUCAAGAAGAAAAGUCUG